UUGUAAAGUAUGGUAAGUUGUGGCUGUUUUCUUCGGCUAUUUUCUCUGCGACACCGUGACAUGUAUCCGCCGGUUCGCUGGCGGGUUGUGGUAUCGUGCACCGCGCGCCACUAUCACCGCGAGGAGGUCGCUAGUCACCUGCCGCCGCGCCCGCCGCUCACACGCAUCGACCCGAUGCCGCGAACCGAGUGCGCCUAAACGAUCGAUUCCAAAUUUGAACCGUUCUCGUUUUAGGCGCCACAUUUUUAAUUUCUUUUUCUUCCAAAGUGUGUCUUGUGUGCCAGAUGUUUUUGUUAUUUGAACGUUUUGCAAGUGUGUGAUAGUUUUUCUUGAGGCUUUUACUACUGUUUGUUUUAUUUACUGUACGGAUUUCCUCUCAUGCGAAGCCUCAAGAAGAAUCCUGCCCUAUUGCAGAAAAGCAAAAGUGAAUGAGCUGAAAAUAUAACAAUGACUAGUAGUGAAAUGUGAAUCGUGAUUCGUGAUUGAAGAAGACAUUUUGGAAUAAUUUUAAAAUGUGCAGCAAAGACCAGAUUAGUCACAUCCUUGGCAAGAUCAAUGUGGGUCUGCCGGACUGGUCACGCGGGCUGGAGGCGGCGGAGGCGGCCCGCGCUCGCCUGGUACGCUGGGCCUGCGGCGAGGAGCCCCCGGCCGAGGACCCCCCGAGGAAGAAGAUGCCGCACGCCCUGCGCCGCCGCUGGCCGCUGUGCCCGUGCUUUCACAAUGACGAGCCGCCCGAGAUCACGUACUGCGUGGUGGGCGGCGAGGGCGGGCUGGCGCUGCAGGCCGUGGCGCCCGCGCACCCCAUGCCGCCCCCGGACGAGCUCGACGCCAAGUUCGCCGAGCUGGUGGAAGAGCUGGACCUGACGGCCGUGAACCGGGCGGCCAUGAUGGCGCUCCCGGCCGCCAAGAAGUGGCAGAUCUACUGCAGCCGCCGCCCGCCGCCCGGGCAGCCUCCGCCGCUCACCACGGCGCCCGAGGUCGAGGACUACAUCAAGGCGCUCAAUGAGAUCGCUGACGCGUUCGCAUCAUCAGAAGGCUCCAUCCCUCCCGAAGCGUGCGUUUUAGUCGACGGUCUGAAGACAGCUCUACGGACCAGGGCCCACAGCUUCGUGCUGCGGUUCACCAAGCUGGGCGGUCUGGGCGCUCUGCUGGACGCCUUGCAGAGAGCGCCGCGAGACGACUCCGUGACGCGGCAUAACCUGAUACUGGCUAUUAAGGCGCUUAUGAAUAAUUCGACCGGCCGAGCCCACGUACUAGCGCACCCUACCAGCAUAGACCUGAUCGCGCAGUCGCUGGAGACGGAGAACGUGAAGACCAAGGUGGCGGCGCUAGAGAUCCUGGGAGCGGUGUGCCUGGUACCAGGGGGGCAUAAGAAGGUGCUAGAAGCGAUGGUGCACUACCAGAAGUACGCGGGCGAACGUGCCAGGUUCCAGGGCAUCGUGAAUGAGCUAGACCGCGCCACUGGUGCCUACCGCGACGACCUAGGUCUCAAGACCGCCAUCAUGUCGUUUGUGAACGCAGUGCUCAACUACGGCCCUGGGGAGGAGAGCUUGGAGUUCAGACUGCACUUGAGAUACGAGUUUCUGAUGUUGGGGAUUCAGCCGGUGAUUGAAAAGCUGCGCAAAUACGAGAAUGAAACCCUGGACCGGCACAUCGACUUCUUCGAGAUGAUCCGUUUGGAGGACGAGAAGGAACUGGCGAGAAGGUUCGAGAAGCAGCACGUGGAUACGAAGAGUGCUAGUGGAAUGUUCGAGUUAUUGAGAAGGAAGUUGAGCCACACGGCUGCGUAUCCUCAUUUACUGUCGCUGCUGCAACAUUUGCUGCUGUUGCCUAUCGAGUACAACCCGCACACGCAACACUGGCUACUCCUCGACCGAGUGACGCAGCAGCUGGUGCUACAACAGGCGCCCGGCGGCAGCCGCUCCACGUCGUCACAGGACGAGAGGCGAGACGACACUAGCGACACUAGCGCCUCGUGCGGGAAGAUCUACAACCCAGAUAUCGCGCCAUUGGAAAUCAAUGUCGGUGAAAUCGUACACCUGUUAGCCAAAGAGGAGGAGUUAGUAGCUGCCAGGACCAAGGCAGAGAACCUACAGAAGGAAAAUGUGGACUUGGCCACAGAACUCGCUAAGAAGGAGAAGCAGUUGGACCAACAGUCUCAAGAGAAGGAAGAACUCGAGUCAAGUAUGGCGCGAACAAAGGAACGACUGGAGAAAGAGACGGCAGCACAUAUGGAGUGCUCGGAGCGAGCGAGAGCGGCGGCCUACAGGAGUCAUCAGCUCGAGCAACAGCUCAACCAAGAAAGAGCUGAAAGAGCGAGAUACGAAAAACUAGUCAGUGAAGGAAGCAUACCCGAUGAUGCUAAGGUCAGCAACCUCAAAUCAGCUGUCAUCGAGACGUCAAGCGCGCCGCCGCCGCCACCCCCACCGUCGUUCUGCCCCCCUCCGCCCCCGCUGGCGCCGCCCGCCCCCGGCCCGCCGCCCUCACCCUUCGCCCCGCCCGCCCCCUUCGCCCCUCCCGCCCCCAUGGCGCCGAAGCCCAAGAAGAACGUCCCCCAGCCAGGAAACCCGCUCAAAAGCUUCAACUGGAGCAAACUGCCUGAUGCUAAGUUGCACGGAACGAUCUGGCAAGAGUUGGAUGAUACCAAGUUGUAUAAUAAGAUCGAUUUGAACACGAUUGAUAAGAUGUUCUGCGCGUAUCAGAAGAAUGGAGUGCAGAACGAGGGUUCAGUGGAAGACCUCCGGCAGCUGGGCGCCAAGCCGCGCACCAAGAUCCUGUCGGUCAUCGACGGACGAAGAGCACAGAACUGCACCAUCCUGCUGAGCAAACUCAAGAUGAGUGACGAGGAGAUCUGCCAAGCGAUCCUCCGCAUGGACAGCCAGGAACAACUCCCCAUCGACAUGGUGGAACAACUCCUCAAGUUCACUCCGAGCGCGGAGGAGGCGGCGCUGCUGGAGGAACACCAGGACGAGCUGGACAACAUGGCGCGCGCCGAUCGCUUCCUUUACGAGAUCUCCAAAAUCCCCCACUACAACCAACGCGUCCGCACCCUGCUCUUCAAGAAGAAGUUCGCAGUAGCCUCCGCAGAAGCCACGUCGCGCGCGUCGAUAGUGCUGCGGGCGGCUCGAGACAUGCAGCGGUCAAGACGACUCAGGGCUUUGCUGGAGAUUGUGCUGGCUCUGGGGAAUUAUAUGAACAGGGGCGCUCGCGGCAAUGCGUCCGGGUUCCGUCUGUCGUCGCUGAACAAGCUGGCGGACACCAAGUCCAGCGUCACGAGGAACACUACGUUGUUGCACUACCUCGUCGAGGUGCUCGAGAAUCAGUUCAAAGACAUCCUCCUCCUCGAAGAGGACCUACCCCACGUCCGCGCAGCCGCCAAAGUCUGCGUGGAACAGCUAGAGAAAGACGUGUCAUCCCUGGGCGCGGGGCUUCGGGAGGUGGCCAAGGAGUUGGAGUACCACGCGGCGGCGGGCGGCGCGGGGGGGGCGGGGGGGGCGGACGACGCGUACGCGCCCGUCAUGAGGGAGUUUCACGCGCGCGCCGCCUGCUGCUGCACGCAGCUGCAGGACCUGUUUCAGGACAUGAAGAGCCGUCUAGAGUCCUGCGCGCACGCAUUCGGCGAAGAGUCUUCGUCAUCACCAGAACAGCUGUUCGGAGCCGUGGCCUCAUUCCUGACGCAACUGUCGGAGGCCCGCGCCGAGUGUGACGCGGCCAGGAGAAGACGGGAUGAUGAGGAGCGAAGGAACCGGCACGACCAGGAGCUGAAGAAACGCACCAUGGAGCGCAAGCAGGCAUCCAGUCUCCUGAGUUCCGUCGGCAAAUCGCUCGGCAUCGGGAAAUCCCACAAAAACGGAGAUUGCAACGGACACACUAAUGGCGACACCUCCAGAGACGGAACUCUCACCAACGGACAGAAGGGAGAGUUCGACGACCUCAUCUCAGCUUUAAGAACAGGAGACGUAUUCGGAGAUGACGUGGCCAAGUUCAAAAGGUCUAGGAAAACGUCGAAAGCCAGUCACAAAGGCCGAGACUCACCACCGAGAGGUAUUUGCCGGGAAGACUCGAGAGAGAGACAGAAGAAUUGAGCAGCUUCGUAAAUUGGUCGGGUUAUAGUGUCUAUGUGGUUCUGUAGAUUGCGUUGAGUAGAACUAGUAGAAGGUGUAUUCUACUGAUGUAUGUACGCCAGUUGAUACUGCCAAUUCUCAUACUUUCUCUAUGAAUGAAAAAGUAUCAAGAUUUGGUAUAGUAAAUGGAGCAAAGUCGAAUAGAACGGCUAAUACUGACAUACAUAAUUAUGUUUAUGUAUCGAUGUGCGUAAGCUCAAACGUGAAGGUUAAUGUAAGGAUAGGAUCUAAGUCAGUGAUAAUAAAGAUGAGAAUCGUACUCAAAUCCAAUGAUAGAAGUCGAAGCUCGUGGUUCAUGAAAAUUUGUCACAAAGUGGACAGUUUUUAGGAAAAUAUACCUACUUAUUAUUAGACAUAGGGUCUCUAGUAUAUCCUGAAACGUUAGUUGUGUCAUACAAAUAUCUAAAUAGUGAUGUAUUGUGAAUGUACGGUUUAGAACAAUUUACAAUUAUUAUUAUCUUAGUAACAAUAAUAACUAAGUGUAUACCUAUUGGUAUCCGAUGUAAGUAAGCCACUUUUUUGUCAUUACUGCUUUUGACGUGAUAAAGCUUAAAUUUGACUUUACUAAGGCAACAACAACGAAGGCUAUUUUGGUGCCUAAUUUUUUAAACCAUUUGUAUUGCGUUUUACACACAUUUUGAACGCGUAGUUUUACUGGACUGACUGAUAUAUAAAGUCUUAAGACUGUUUGGAUGAUUCCAUAAACAUUUUAGUUUAGAUUUUGUAAUUUUUACUGUAACCGAUACAAGUGAUGUGUGAUUUGAGUGAGUUUACAGUAAUUUAGGGUGACUACUUUUGUGUUUUGGCAAACUUAAUUUAACUUUUUAAAUAGCCUACUCAAAAUGUUGAUUAUAAAAAUAAAUUGCUAAAAUAUAAUAAGUAUUUUAGAACUCUGCCAUAUUUAUUUUAGGUAAUGUGACACGCUUGUAAACGGGCAGUAAUUUUCAGUAAUAUAGGACUGGCAUUGGUAUCAGAUUGCAGACUUUGAGAUAUUAUAGAUAGAUGAUUAUACUUGUCCCGACCAAACUUGGUAACUAUGCAAUCUAGAUGGCAGGCCACAUAUUACAUAAAAAAUAUUGCCCGAAUACAUCAACAACCUUGAUAUUGUAUAAUCGGAAUUGAUUAAUUUGGAAUUAAUAAUUUGUGCAAACGUCA